GAAAAAUGAAAAAAUUUCCCAAAUUGGACCAUGGAGGUCUUGGAUGUAAUUUUCCGUACCUCUGUUUCUUCCACCUCCGUUCCGUACUCCCCCGGAUGAGUUCUCUAGUUCUCUGCAAGAAUCUUGCUGGAGUCUAUGAAUAAACCUCCCCUGUUCUCCACCUUCAUCUUUUUCCUUAUUUCUCCCUCCGAUUCCUCAUUCUUAUCUCUUCCUCCGCUCUUUCACAUACCCAAUUCACCAUGUUCUCCAACUUCGAAUCUACCCCAUCUCUGAAAAAGAAGCUCAAAACGACUGAAAUGAACAACCCAUUUUCCGGCCCCUUUGAUCAUCUCACAGAGGAGAUCAUCUUCGCGAUUCUCGACCAUCUUCACGACGACCCCUUUUCUAGAAAAUCCUUCUCUCUCGUCUGCAAGUCCUUCUACGCCGCCGAAUCGCUCCACCGGAAAUCUCUAAGGCCACUGCGCUCUGACUUGAUUCGAACGAUAUCCCCUCGUUACCCUUCCAUUUCGAAACUUGACCUUUCCCUUUGCUCACAUGUGGAGGAUUCUUUUCUGAUUUCAGUAUCGAGUGCUUGGAAAACGACGCUGCGUUCCAUCGAUCUGUCCCGGUCUAGGUCGUUUUCGAAUGUGGGGUUGUCGAAUUUGGUUACGAAUUGUACUGGGUUGGUCGAAAUUAACUUGUCGAAUGGGGUGGCACUGACGGACUCAGCGUUGAAGGUCUUAGCGGAGGCCAAAAACUUGGAGAAACUGUGGUUGUCGAGGUGUAAAUCGAUUACGGAUAUGGGGAUUGGUUGUGUAGCUGUUGGAUGUAGAAAGUUGAAACUCUUGUGUUUGAAUUGGUGUCUGCAUAUUACUGAUUUGGGUGUUGGUUUGAUUGCAACCAAGUGCAAGGAGCUGAGGAGUUUGGAUCUUUCUUUCUUGCCGAUCACUGAGAAAUGUCUUCCAUCAAUUCUUCAAUUGCAACAUCUUGAAGAGCUGGUUCUCGAGGAAUGCCAUGGAAUUGAUGAUGAAGGCCUUGAAGCUCUAAAACGUAACUGCAAGAGAAACUCAUUGAAGAUUCUUAAUCUGUCUCGCUGUCAAAGUAUCAGUCAUUCUGGUUUGUCUUCUUUGAUUAAUGGCUCUGAAGACCUUCAAAAGCUCAACUUAUCAUAUGGCUCUUCAAUCACAACGGAUAUGGCAAAAUGUUUGCAUAAUAUUUCUGGUUUGCAAUCAAUAAAAUUGGACUGUUGUUCACUUACAACUUCUGGGGUAAAAGCCAUUGCAAAUUGGCGUGCAUCACUUCAGGAGCUGAGCUUGAGCAAGUGUACAGGCGUGACAGAUGAGUGUCUCUCCAUCAUUGUGCAAAAACACAAGCAGUUGAGGAAAUUAGACAUCACGUGCUGCCGCAAGAUAACUUAUGCAUCCAUUAACUGGAUUACGAGUUCGUGUUCUUCCCUUGUUUCGCUUAAAAUGGAAUCCUGUAGCCUAGUUCCUAGCGAGGCUUAUGUAUUAAUAGGAGAACGCUGUCCAUACUUGGAGGAACUUGAUGUCACUGACAACGAGAUCGACAAUGAAGGUUUGAAAUCAAUCUCCAAAUGUUCGAGGCUUAGUGUUCUUAAGCUGGGAAUUUGCGUGAAUAUAAAUGAUGAUGGUCUAUUGCACAUCGCAAGUGGUUGUCCAAAAAUUAAAGAGCUUGAUUUAUACAGGUUGACAGGAAUAACCGACAGAGGCAUUGCAGCAACUGCUGGGGGUUGUCCUGCUCUUGAGAUGAUAAACAUUGCUUAUAAUGAUAAAAUUACAGAUUCUUCAUUAAUAUCCUUGUCAAAAUGUUCGAGGUUAAAGGCACUUGAAAUUCGAGGGUGUUGUUGCAUUUCAUCCGUUGGCCUCUCAGCUAUAGCAAUGGGAUGUAAGCAACUUACUGUGCUUGAUAUAAAGAAAUGUGUCAAUGUAAAUGAUGACGGGAUGCUUCCACUUGCCCAAUUCUCUCACAACCUGAAGCAGAUAAACUUAUCGUACUGUUCGGUUACAGAUGUCGGUCUAUUGUCUCUAGCCAGCAUUAAUUGCCUGAGAAACGUGACCAUCUUGCAUUUGGCUGGCUUGACUCCAGAUGGCCUCACUGCUGCCCUGCUAGUUUGUGGUGGUCUAAGAAAGGUGAAGCUGCACUUGUCAUUCAAAUCCUUGCUUCCUCCAUCGUUUCGAAAAUACAUGGAAACCCGUGGAUGCGUAUUGUACUGGAGGGACAAAGCAUUCCAGUAGGUUGACCGAGCCGAUAAAGAUUGGAAUUUGCACAGUGGGAAAAGUUUCGGAGGUUCAACAUAAUCCAUGGCAAAGAUUUCAAAGCGUACACACUCUACACAGGUAACUUGACAUUAAGCCAUGAUCCAAAGAAGUAAAAGAGGAGGAACAAAUUGUCUGAUUGAUAUUCAACAUAGCCAAUGAUAAAGAUAUCACAGCAUGGUCUACUCCCUCCUCUCAUUGCUGCAGCUCCGACAGACGAGCCAUUUCUCACCUGCAGCGUGCACCCCUGAACGCCGGAACAGGCCUUCUGGUAGGAGUGGGGGUGGUGUUGAGAGAUUCCAAUUGACAUGGUUCCAUGAAAAAGGCUUGUGUAUUGGUGCAAAUGACCAUAUGUUUGAAAAUUUGAACUUUGUAUCGGUUGCAGCUGCUGCUUUGAGUAGAAUUAGGGGUGAGUUUCAAAUUUUUUACUUAGUUCACUUGUAUCAUUUCUAUUCAUUGGGUGAGUUACGAUAUAUUGAAGAAUUUUCGAAAAUUAUCAGA